AUGGCGCAGCCCAGGGCCAUGCUCCUGUUGUCAGUGCUGCUGCUCUUGUCCCAAGCCCCCGGCGCCCGGCCCACGGUGGGUGCUAAGUGUGGCGUCUUUUCUCUUCCACUCUUCUUUGUUCCGCCAGGAUGCGGGGAGAGACCCACUUACGAGGGAAGGACUCGGCAUUCCCGAAUCAUAGGGGGGCUGGAGGCCGAGGUGGGCGAGUUCCCGUGGCAGGUGAGCAUUCAGGCAGAAAACGAGCAUUUUUGCGGCGGCGCCAUCCUGGACAAGUGGUGGAUUCUCACGGCGGCUCACUGCUUGAACUCCGCGGACAUCUCACCUACAGACCUGAGUGUCGUGGUGGGGACCAACGACUUAACCAGGUCGCGCGUGGAAGUAAAGCGGGUGACCACCAUGGUUCUCCACAAGGACUUUAAGAAAGUCAACUUGGACAACGACAUCGCCUUGCUCCUGCUGGCCACACCGAUCACGUUCAGCGACCUGAAGGUGCCCAUCUGCCUGCCCGCGGAGCCCAGCCCCUCCACGUGGCACGAGUGCUGGGUGGCAGGAUGGGGCCAGACUGACGCUGCUGACAAAAACUCCAUGAAAACAGAUCUGAUGAAAGUGCCGAUGACCAUCACGGACUGGGAGAAGUGUUCAAAGGAUUUUCCCAAACUUACCAAAAACAUGCUGUGCGCCGGGUACAAGAACGAGAGCUAUGACGCCUGCCAGGGUGACAGUGGGGGGCCUCUGGUCUGCACCCCGGAGCCUGGUGGGAAGUGGUACCAGGUCGGCAUUAUCAGCUGGGGCAGGGGCUGUGGCCAGAAGGGGACCUCGGGGAUAUACACCGCUGUGGCCACCUACACCCUCUGGAUCAACGAGGUGGCCCAGAUUGAGGGAAGGCCCUUGGAGCCCCAGGACAUGAGGAGCCCGAAGCAGAAAGCAACCAGCCCCAGAGCCUCGGGACCCCCAGAGCCAGGCAGCCCCCGGUUCUGGCUCUGGCUCUGCCUCCCGUCCUACAUGUUGUUCAGAGCUGUUUUCUACCAAAAAUAA